UUUUCCCAUUCUAUAUAUGUGCAUGCUUUCUUGGGAAAGCUUCAUAUGUAGCAAGAAGAAAAAUCCUAUUUAUAACCCUUUCUCUAUUUAUACAGCCUCUCUUUUGGUUUUUCUUUUUCGGUAUUUUCUUGGGUUUUGGCUGUUUGGGUUAUUUUGAGGAAAGAAGAGGAAAAAUUUAUACAUAUUUGUUGAAAUGGGUAGAGGUAGGGUUCAGUUGAAGAGAAUAGAGAACAAGAUCAAUAGGCAAGUAACAUUUUCCAAAAGAAGGGCUGGUCUGUUGAAGAAAGCUCAUGAGAUCUCUGUUUUGUGUGAUGCUGAGGUUGCUUUGAUUGUUUUCUCCCACAAAGGAAAGCUCUUUGAGUACUCUACUGAUUCGUGCAUGGAAAAGAUUCUUGAACGCUAUGAGAGGUAUUCUUAUGCAGAAAGGCAGCUCAUAGCAAACGAUCUUAAUUCACAAGAGAAUUGGACCCUGGAAUAUAACAGACUCAAGGCGAAGGUUGAGCUUUUAGAGAGAAACCAUAGGCACUAUUUAGGAGAAGAUUUAGACUCAUUGAGCUUGAAAGAGCUCCAAAACUUGGAGCAACAGCUUGAUACUGCUCUUAAGCACAUCCGAGCAAGAAACAACCAACUGAUGCAUGAAUCCAUCUCUGAGUAUCAGAAAAAGGAGAAGGCAAUAGAAGCGCAAAAUAGUAUGCUAGCAAAGCAGAUUAAGGAGAAGGAGAAGGCAGUGGCACAGCAGGCACUUUGGGAGCAGCAAAACCGUAACACCCAUAUGUCACCCUUCCUUGUGCCACAGCAACCACUUCCUUGUCUAAAUAUUGGUGGCACUUACCAGGAAGAAGCAGUACCAGAAGUGAGGAGAAAUCAGCUGGACCUAACAUUGGAACCAAUAUAUUCAUGUCAUCUUGGAUGCUUCACCACAUAAUUAUCAAUUUGGUCGAAGAAAUUAAUUAAAAUGGAAAACAGGAGAGAGAUUACUACAUGCUACCUCUCUGCUGCCUAUUUCUGAAGCUUUUGGUUUGUUAAUAUAUAAUUUAUAAUAUAUAUAUAAAUGGACAUGAAAAUUGUUCAAUGUAACAAAUGUCGCUAAGACUCUUUCAUGCUUUGCACGAUGAUAUAACAACUUUAAUCUCUACGAUCUUGAUGCAUCAUAAAAAUUUUUUGUA